CAGGAAAAGAAGGAAAUGGACGGACAGAAAGCAAUGGUUUCAGUCACACUAUGGCUAAUCUUUGUUCUGCUGUGUGCUACUCUGGGAAAAUUCAAACUAGCUGCAGCUCUCGUCGACAGAAGAAAGCUUGCGUCCAGUACCUCGGGUUUCAUAAGCAUCGAUUGUGGGGCGGAUCGAGAUUAUUUGGACAAAGAAACUGGAAUAUUUUACAACUCUGACAAAGAUUUCAUAAACACUGGAAAAAACGGGUACGUGUCUCCUGAAUAUGAUUACAAGGAUCCUUAUUUUGGACAUGUAUUCCAAAGUUUAAGAUUCUUUCCUAAAGGAAGAAGGAAUUGCUAUACGUUGAGACCUGAGCAAGGUAAAAAUCAAAAUUAUCUUAUCAGAGCAUUCUUCAGAUAUGGAAAUUAUGACUCCAACAAUGAAGUUCCAAGGUUUGAGUUGUAUCUCGGUGUUAAUCUUUGGGCGACAGUGCAACUUCAAGUUCGAAUAGUACCUGAGAUUAUUCAUUUUUCUUUAACUGAUACUAUUAAGAUCUGCCUCGUAAACAUUGGCCAUGGAACACCUUUUAUUUCAGCAUUGGAAUUGAGGCCUCUCAACCCUUCCAUUUAUAGAAUUGAGUCCAAAGACCUAUAUCUAGUGGAACGAUAUGACCUUGGUAAUAAUUCGACCAAUAGAUAUGUCAGGUACAAGGAUGAUGUUUAUGAUCGGUUCUGGCUCCCAUGGACGUUUGUCGAUUGCAUUUCAUUGAACACCACCUCAAAUAUUGACGUCCAGAAUAGCAGCAAUCCCCUUAGAACACCCCUUCAAGUUUUAAGAACUGCAGUCCAACCGAUGAGUCCCCUCUGAUCAUUUAAUCACUCAAUUUUCACUAAUAAUUAUUAUGACUAUGAAUACUAUGCCUGCUUUCACUUUGCAGAAAUAUUACAGAUUUCUCAAGGUCCAAGAGAAUUCACCAUCAAUUUUAAUGGUGAAAACUAUGGACCUUUUACCCUCCAAUACUUGCAGCCACUCAGCAUUUGUACUCGACCUCUUAAAUCAAGAACCAAUGGAUAUGUUUAUUUUUCUAUCGAUCCGACUGUACAGUCUCACCAUCCACCAAUCCUCAACGCCUUGGAGAUUUUCAUUCCGUGGAUGAAACCCGUUUCCCCCACAAACCCAGCAGAUGUUGAUGCUAUAAUGGCCAUCCAGCAAACGUACAAUAUUAAUAAAGAUGAUAGCUGGCAAGGAGACCCAUGUAUGCCUGAAGCUUAUUCUUGGACAGGCUUGAAUUGCAGCUACUACAAUAAUUCUCCUAGGAUCAUCUUUUUGGACCUCAGUGCAAGUACAUUGAAGGGAAGCAUUUCUUCCUCAUUCUCCAAGCUCAAAGCGAUACAGUACUUAGACUUAUCAGGCAAUGAACUUACUGGAACAGUUCCAGAAUUCUUAGCACAACUGCCAAAUUUAACUGUUCUAAAUUUAACCGGAAACAAGCUCACAGGUUCAGUUCCUCGGUCUCUUGUCCAAAAAUCUAACAGUGGUCUAUUGCAGCUGAGCUUGGACGGAAACCCAAAUCUUUGCUACACAGAUUCCUGUGAGAAACAGAAGCGAAAUUUUCCACUUCCAAUAGUUGUAGCAUCCGUUGCAAUACUUACGGUGCUUCUCAGCAGUAUAUUUGUCUUUUGGAGAUUAAAAAGACGAGAAGGAACAUCACAAUCUAAGAAGGAAGGAUUAGUAAAUUCAAAGAAUCGAUCUUUUACUUAUUCAAAUAUUGUCAGUAUUACUGAUAACUUUGAAACCAUUAUUGGAGAAGGAGGGUUCGGAAAAGUUUACAUGGGGACUCUGAAAGAUAACACUCAAGUUGCUGUCAAAUUGCUCUCUCAAAAUUCAAGGCAAGGCUGUAAGGAAUUUCAAGCUGAGGCACAACUGUUGAUGAUUGUUCAUCACAGAAACUUGGUUUCUCUGAUUGGCUACUGUGAUGACCGUCAUAAUAAGGCUCUGAUUUAUGAAUACAUGGUUAAUGGAAAUUUGCGAGAGCAUUUAUCAGAGACAAGUGGAAGUACUUUGAAUUGGAAUGAAAGACUUCAGAUUGCAGCAGAUGCAGCACAGGGACUGGAAUAUCUACAUAACGGUUGCAAGCCACCGAUAAUCCACAGGGAUUUGAAGACUUCCAACAUCUUAUUGAAUGAAAAAUUGGGAGCAAAGAUAUCUGAUUUCGGGCUAUCAAGAGCUUUCACAAAUGAAAGUGGUUCACAUAUAACAACUUGUCCUGCAGGCACACUCGGCUACCUGGAUCCUCAGGCUCAGUCAUCAGGAAACUUUAAUAAGAAAAGCGACAUAUACAGCUUUGGGAUAAUUCUACUUGAGCUGAUAACUGGUCAGCCUGCCAUAAGAAGAGACGUCAAUGGAGAAAUCAUUCCAAUACAACAGUGGGUCAUACCAAUAAUUGAAAACGGCGAUGUUAGAAGCAUAGUUGAUCCCAGGCUACAGGGAGAUUUUGAUACCAAUUCUGCCUGGAAAGCUGCGGAAAUAGCUCUGGCCUGUGUACUGAAUACAGCAACUCGAAGGCCAGACAUAAGUGAUGUAUUGAUUGAACUGAAGGAAUGUUUGGGUAUGGUAACAGCUGUUGUUGGAUCUCAGAGGAUGGAUAGAGGAAGGACAAGAUCCAUCAAUUCACUUGAAAUGAGGUCUUUGGAAAUCUACACUGAAACGGCUCCUAGUCCAAGGUAUCAUCAGAAGAAACCCUCUCACCCACUCACACUACUGCUGCCUGCAGGUGCACCCAAAACGAAAAAAAUGGAUAUCAACCCUAGAGGAGCUGCAGCCAUGGUUUUGGCCUUGGCAUUUGCUGUGUUGAAUGGUGGGCUUGCACAAGAUACAGUUGUUCCUGCGAUCAUUACAUUUGGAGACUCAGCUGUAGAUGUUGGGAACAAUGACUAUCUCCCUACAAUUUUCAAGGCCAAUUAUCCUCCUUAUGGAAGAGAUUUUAUCAAUCAACAGCCUACAGGGAGAUUCUGCAAUGGCAAAUUAGCUACGGAUUUAACAGCUGAAACUCUUGGGUUUAAGACUUAUCCUCCUGCAUAUCUUAGCCCAGAUGCAUCAGGAAACAAUCUUCUUAUUGGAGCUAACUUUGCAUCAGCUGCAUCUGGAUAUGAUGAAAAUGCUGCCAAUUUAAAUCAUGCAAUUCCAUUGUCUAAACAGUUGCAGUACUUCAGGGAAUAUAAAAGUAAGCUAGACACGGUUGCAGGAAGUAACAAAUCGGAAUCAAUCAUCAGUGGGGCACUCUACUUAUUGAGUGCAGGAAGCAGCGACUUCCUUCAGAACUACUAUGUCAAUCCUUGGGUAAACAAAAUGUAUACACCUGAUCAGUAUGGUUCAUUCCUCGUCGGUGCAUUUACCAGCUUUGUCAAGGAUUUAUAUGGUUUGGGGGCCAGAAGACUUGGGGUAACUUCACUCCCACCAUUGGGUUGCCUACCAGCAGCUCGCACCUUAUUUGGAUAUCAUGAGCGUGGGUGUGUCUCCAGGAUUAACACUGAUGCCCAGCAAUUUAACAAGAAGAUAAACUCAGCUGCUGCGAGUCUCCAAAAGCAAUUUCCUGAUCUAAAGCUUGUCAUCUUCGACAUCUUCAAGCCACUCUAUGACCUUGUUCAAUCCCCUUCAGCUAAUGGUUUUGUGGAAGCAACAAGAGGGUGCUGUGGGACAGGGACUGUAGAGACGACAUCAUUUUUGUGCAAUCCAAAGUCUCCAGGAACAUGCCCCAAUGCCACCCAGUAUGUGUUUUGGGACAGUGUCCAUCCAUCUCAGGCAGCCAAUCAGGUCCUUGCAGACGCACUGAUUGUUCAGGGCUUCGCUCUCCUUUGAUGCCCAUAUAUAAAAUUUUCCUUUUUAUAUGUGUAACAUAUUACUCGUGUGAGAAUUGCAUUUCUACUACUGUCCUAAUCAAAAGCUUUCGUCUUAAAUUUCAUGUAGCUGAAGAAACUUAUCCCCUAUUAUGUCAACUUCAAUAGCAAAUUUUUCUCCUCUUGAUCU